GGAGACGGCAUCGCCAGCGGCCUCGGUGUGCGCCACAUGCCUCCCGUCCCCGCGACCACGCUUGCCUCCUGCAACGCCCUCCUCGCGUCGCUCGCGCGCUCCGGCCGCCCCGCGCAGGCGCUCCGCACGUUCCGCGAUUUGCUCGCGCGGGGCGUCCAGCCGGACCACUUCACCCUACCUCCAGUCCGCCGCUCCUGCGCGCUUACCGGCGCCGCAGGAUUCGCGGCCUCGUCCCACGCGCUCGCCGUCAAGCUCAGCGCGCAGGACAACCUCUUCGUGGCGUCCGCGCUGGUGCUCUGCUACGCGGGCCUGUCGAACCUCGCCGACGCGCGGAGGAUGUUCGACGGAAUGCGCGAAUGGGACGCCGUCCUGUGGACAUCCAUGCUGUCCGCGUACGCUCAGAGAGGGGAGCCCGACGCGGCGCUGCGGUUCUUUGGUGGCAUGGUGGCAGCAGGGAUGGAGCUGGACGCGGUGGUCAUGGUCAGCCUGCUCCUCGCGUGCGGGCAGCUCGGGUGGCGCCGUCAUGGGAGGAGUGUGCACGCUUGCUGCGUCCGGAGGUUCCUAGGCAUGCCUCUGUCACUUGGGAACGCGCUUGUGGACAUGUAUGUCAAGUGUGGGGACUUUGCGUUAGCUGAGAGGGUGUUUGCUGGGAUUCCUAGGCGGGAUGUUAUCUCGUGGAGUGCACUGAUACUUGGUCAUGGUUUGAAUGGGCGUUCUGAUGUUGCAUUGGGACUUUUCGAUAGAAUGGCAACUGAAGGAAUCCAACCAAACUCGGUCACCUUUCUCGGGGCAUUGUCAGCUUGUGCACAUUCAGGCAUGGUGGACAAAGCUUAUGCUAUCUUUGAGGGUAUGAAACGGUGGGGUAUUGAGCCUGAACUGAAGCAUUACUCUUGCAUGGCUGACACGCUCGGUAGAGCAGGGCGUGUUGUUGAGGCCGUGAAGAUGAUAGAGGAAAUGCCUUUUGAGCCUGACGAAGCAAUGCUUGGAGGUGCACUGGCAGCCUGUCGUGUGCAUGGAGAAAUGGAGGCUGCUGAACAGGUUUCAAAGAGAUUGAUGGACAUGUCUCCUGGAAAGAGUGGCUACUACAUGAGCUUGGCAAACAUAUAUUCAGAUGCUGGAAGGUACAGUGAUGCAGAGAGAAUAAGAGACUUCAUGAAAGAAGUUAAAGUCAGCAAGCUUCCUGGAUAUAGUUCGGUUGAAUUGGAUGUUGAUAGAUUUCAUAGAACGAGCAAUGGAGUUUGAAGUACGUAAGCAGAAUCUACUCUCUGGUGCCCACACACUUCACUGCAGUAUAUCCGUUGAAUGGUAAAGAUAAUAGAGGGGAUUAGCAGACAGAAAGAGCGAAAGAGAUGUAUUGUCAACACCACAUGAGUACAUGAUUAUUAUAGGCUUCCUAAUGUUUGAGUUACUCUGUCGUGUUGUCAAAUUGUGAGAAAGCCACUACUUGAGCAGAUAUGGACAACUUGAUAAAAAUAAAGCAUGAUGGUCAUGAAUUGAAAUCAUGCAAUUCUCUCAAGUUAUUUAAGAAAGGAGAAAAGAGAUUGUCCACUAUCCGUGGCUGGGGCGUUAAAAUAUCUUUUGAAACUGACACAUGAUGACACCCAAGUUUGUUGAUAUGACAUUGACAUAUCAGAAAUAUUUGGUUAAGAUCGGUCCAAUAUUUACAAGAAGUGGAUGAGCAAUAUGGUGGUUUAUUUGCAAAUGCUUUCUUCUCCAUUACAAGUGUUGCCUUAUUCUAUAGAACAGGAGAUGGGAAAUUGAUAGGCUAAACUGGGCCGCACUGACUAUGUUAAUCUGAAUGCAGUAGUUAAUGGACAUUUAUGCUGGGUUUCAGUUUUUCUUGUCUAUGAAGUUGCUGCAGUGAUUCUUGAAUACUGUGCAUUUCCCUGAGACAACUAUUGCUUGAACAGAGAAGUAACUAUGAUUCAUAGGCUCAUAGUGUGCUCAGAAUCUCUACAUGGACUUGAGGAGCAAAUGGUAUGGAACUGAACUCAGACUAUGCUUACAUAAUCUGCACACUGAGACCAAUUAAACCCUUUUGGUUGCCCACCUAGAAAUGGUUUCUUUGUCUUCCAUUCACUCAUUGAGCGGAAAAGGGCGUUGGUACUUAAGUUUGAGAACUUUUGACGCUAAUGCUGGUAUAUCAACUAUAUGAUUUUCCGAUAGAUACAUGCUCAUUUGACUCUCCCAGCCUAACAGGGAGAUAUGACAUGAUAUUAUUCUAGUCUAU